AUGAUCCCCGCCCCUUUGGGCCCGGCAUCGACUACACCAGUUUUCAGCAAUACGCGGUUGCCAGACAAAGACGAUGACAAUGACGAAGAGGACAAGGAGGAAGGAGAGAAGAAAGCAAACAUACACAAAGAUGAGGAUCAAGAAUGUGUCGACGCCGCUUGGUUCGGUGAAUUCGACAAAGACCUAAUUCUGAUUUUUCAUGAUAAGGGAAAAGGAACGGGGAUGAUGAGCGGAAAGUAA